AGCGCGACGCACACCAACAACAACAACAACAGAGGACUGGUUGUGUAAGCGUCCGAGGAGGACAGAAGAAAGAAAGGUCAUCUUAUCAACUGCAGACAUGUCUCUUCUGCGGUCGUGUGCUCCGGCCAGCAGACUACUGUCCCAGAGUCUAGCCGUAGAGUCCGUCCGUACAGGUUGUUUCCGGGCAGCCAGCGGAGCGGUGAAGGACAAGGAGCCGCUCAAGAAGGCCAAAACCCCGCAGGGUCGUUUUGACGGCCCCGAGGAGGCGAGCCAAGCUGCUCUGCAAAAGUUCCCCAAAGACGUGAACCCUGAAACCAAGGAGAAGGGGGGUCCUCGGGGACCAGAGCCCACCCGCUACGGAGACUGGGAGAGGAAGGGCCGCUGCGUGGACUUCUAGUUCCAUGCACGUAAAAAAAAAAUCACACCUGUGUUAUGGAGAUGUAUAUUUUAGACCAGUGCCUGUUUUUUUUUCUCCGUUCACUCAAGUUUGAGAUCAGAAGGUGAGAAUGAGGUUGGAAGUGUUUGUGAUUGGUUCUGUAUUCAUACUGACACGGAACAAGUACAACUGUCCGCAGACUAAUGGACAGCUUAACGAAGUGGAUCCUGGCAAUGUUUAAAUUAUUUUUUAAACAUGUGAAGCUCCAAGACAUGAUUUGUACAUUGAUUGUGUUUGACCAUGUGGAGUUACCAAAAGAAGGUCUCAAAUAAAAUAAAAAAGUAAAACCAGA